AUGUCCCCCCCUGGCUCGGCCGCGGGAGAGAGCGGCGGCGGCGGCGGCGGCGGUGGCGGCCCCGGGGUCCCGGAGGAGCCCACGGCGGCGGCAGCGGCGGACGAGGGCCCCGCCCGAGAGGAGCAGCGUCCCAUCCAGCCCUCUUUCACCAAGUCCCUCUGCCGUGAGUCCCACUGGAAGUGCCUGCUGCUCUCGCUGCUCAUGUACGGCUGCCUGGGGGCCGUGGCCUGGUGCCACGUCACCACGGUGACCCGCCUCACCUUCAGCAGCGCCUACCAGGGCAACAGCCUCAUGUACCACGACAGCCCCUGCUCCAACGGCUAUGUCUACAUCCCCCUGGCCUUCCUGCUCAUGCUGUACGCUGUCUACCUGGUGGAGUGCUGGCAUUGCCAAGCCCGCCACGAGCUGCAGCACCGCGUGGAUGUGAGCAGCGUGCGGGAGCGCGUUGGCCGCAUGCAGCAGGCCACGCCCUGUAUCUGGUGGAAGGCCAUCAGCUACCACUAUGUCCGCCGCACCCGCCAGGUCACCCGAUACCGCAAUGGAGACGCCUACACCACCACCCAGGUCUACCAUGAGCGCGUCAACACGCACGUGGCCGAGGCCGAGUUCGACUACGAGCGCUGUGGCGUCCGCGACGUGUCCAAGGCGCUGGUGGGGCUGGAGGGCGCGCCGGCCACGCGGCUGCGCUUCACCAAGUGCUUCAGCUUCGCCAGCGUGGAGGCCGAGAACGCGUACCUGUGCCAGCGCGCGCGCUUCUUCGCCGAGAACGAGGGCCUGGAUGACUACAUGGAGGCACGCGAGGGCAUGCACCUCAAGAACGUGGACUUCCGCGAGUUCAUGGUGGCCUUCCCCGACCCGGCCAGGCCGCCCUGGUACGCCUGCUCGUCCGUCUUCUGGGCUGCGGCGCUGCUCACGCUGUCGUGGCCGCUGCGCGUGCUGGCCGAGUACCGCACGGCCUACGCGCACUACCACGUGGAGAAGCUUUUCGGCAUGGAGGGCCCGAGCUCGGCCGGCGGCAGCGCGGGCGGCGGCCUCAGCCCCAGCGACGAGCUGCUGCCCCCGCUCACGCACCGCCUGCCGCGGGUCAACACGGUGGACAGCACGGAGCUCGAGUGGCACAUCCGCUCCAACCAGCAGCUGGUGCCCAGCUACUCGGAGGCGGUGCUCAUGGACCUGGCGGGGCUGGGCGCGCGCUGUGCUGGGGGCGCGGCGGGCGGCUACGCGCCCACGUGCCGCUACGGUGGGGUGGGUGGCCCAGGCGCAGCGGGCCUGGCCCCGUACCGGCGCAGCUGCGAGCACUGCCAGCGCGCCGUCAGCAGCUCGUCCAUCUUCUCGCGCAGCGCUCUGAGCGUCUGCGCCAGCCCUCGGGCCGGACCGGGGCCCGGCGGCGGGGCGGGCUGCGGGGGCAGCCGCUUCUCCCUAGGCCGCCUGUACGGCUCCCGGCGCAGCUGCCUGUGGCGCAGCCGGAGCGGGAGCGUCAACGAGGCGAGCUGCCCCACCGAGCAGACGCGGCUGUCCAGCCAGGCCAGCAUGGGGGACGACGAGGACGACGAAGACGAGGAGGAGGCCGGGCCGCCGCCGCCCUACCACGACGCCCUCUACUUCCCGGUGCUCAUCGUGCACCGGCAGGAGGGAUGUCUGGGCCACGGCCACCGGCCGCUGCACCGCCACGGCUCCUGCGUAGAGACCUCACUGUGA